AUGGAUGCCCUGGAUCCUGGAGAUGACAGCGCCUCCCCAGCCUCCUCUACUUGCAGCCUGGACCUGCGGCGACUGUCGAUGCACAUAGACUCAGCCUACAGCUCUUUAUCUGUGGCCUCAGGUGGUCAUGAGCCACGCACUCCAUCGCCCGAGACCGACCCUGUUCAUUACCUAGACCCGGACUAUAUGCGCGUGGUGCGCGGUGGCCUGGCCACGGCCCCGCCCACCCCCGGCUAUCGCUCAUGCCUCUGGCCUUCUCCGGCAGCAGCUACAGUUUCUGGGCCCCACCUCCCACAGGAACAGGGGACCCCGGGGCCGCUCAACAGGCAGGCCACCCCGCUGCUGUACGCGCUGGCUGCCGAGGCUGAGGCCGCAGCACGGGCUGCAGAGCCGCCCAGCCCCCCGGCCUCUCGGGCUGCCUACCGUCAGCGGCUGCAGGGUGCUCAGCGGCGAGUGCUUCGGGAGACGUCCUUCCAGCGCAAAGAGUUCCGCAUGAGCCUGCCCGCCCGCUUGCGGCCCGCAGUGCCAGCGAGGAUUUCCACCGCGCACCCACGCUCCGCCUCGCUCAGCCACCCGUUUGGGGAAGUGGAGCGUGCGCUCUCUGGAGCUCCCUCACCGGGAAUUGCCCGCCAGGGGCAACUCGCCGUCCGGCAGCAGAAGUACUGCUUCUCAGAACCAGGGAAGCUAAAUAGAAUGGGUCAGGGCACUGGGCCUGUGGGGGAAUGCUUGGGUGAUGCUUACUGCAGCUCUGGCCUCUUCAGGCCCGAGUUCCAGGAUAUGCAGCGUGGGACUGAGCUCAAAGGCCGUCAGGUCAGAUGGCUGCCUGGGACCCAGUUCCAAACAGCCCCAGACCUUGGAUUCUUGAAGCUCUGUGAGGCCUGCAGGCCUGUCAGUCGGAGUCAGAGCACUUCAGAAGUCUUGGGCCACUGGGGAGGCCCAGCUAGGGUCUUACCCAUUGUUCAGGCCAGUCCCCAAGAAGCAGAACUCCCCCGACCAUUGUGCCAGACCAAACUUUCCAGGUUCCUGACUCAAGAGGCAGUUGCAGUGAUGUGUCCUACCAAAGGUCCCCAGGACAGCCCUGCCAACCAUGAGCAGAAGGCCUCAGAAACCUGCAUUGUGUCUGCCCAGCUCCCCACCCUCCCUGAUAAUGAAGUUUUCCUAGAAGAAGCCCCCCUGAUUAGAAUGAGAUUACCUCAAGACUCCCGUGGCCCCCAGAUGCUUCCAGUCAGGUGAAUUUCCUCCUGUUUCCAAGUAGAUCAACAGUAUGGAGCUGGCCUGGAUGAAAGGGCUAGCCAGGCUUCAGUCAUCCCAGAACACCCUCUCUAUGAGCACCCAGAGGCUGCAGGGGCAGACAGUUGCUGGCAGGGGGUGAACAGUUCUGUGGAUGACUCCAGAAACACAUGUUGUAACCCCUCUGGAACCACAAAUGGUGUCAUUCCAACCAUGGACACUACUCGACUGCUGACCACUGACCCCCCUGAAGCUGCAGAGAGUGAUUCCCUUAAACCUCUCCUAGUUGAUGCCCUGGAACCUCCAGAUACCCCAGGCCCUUCUGACCACACUGCCCAGGCCUGGGGCACUGGCAAACCUGCUUCCAGGUCAACAUGGCCCAAUCAACGCCUUGAGGAGCUGGUUCAGGAGCUGACCAGGCUAGAUCCCUCUCUGAGUGACAUCUUUGCUUCCCAUCCCAGCCCAGAGCCACCCCUGGAAGUGUUGGAUGGACUUAUUCCUUUAGCUGAGGUCUGGGCUGCAAUGGGGCCAGCCUGUGGGGAGGCUAGUACUUCUGAGCCACGGUCCAAUCUUCUCAACUCUGCCACUCAGUUCCUGACAACUUCUCAGGAAGAGGCAAAGCCUGAAAACUCUACCACGCACUCUGUACCUGACCAGCCAUAUGGCCAGGGGCUCCCUGAAUCAACCAGCGGCAUCCAUGCUAAGAAGGUGGAGCUUGCUGACCUUCUCCAAAAGAUGCUGCAGGAACUUCAGGUAGAACAGGAGCAGCUGCAAGUGGCGUCCCAGGCAUGUGCCAGGCGCAGAGUGGCUCUAGAGUCCAUGGUGGGCCAGGCCUGUGCACCCCGGGAGCUAGAGCAGUUCAGCCGGUUCAUGGCCGACUUGGAGCGUGUGCUGGGCCUUCUGCUGCUGCUGGGCACUCGCCUGGCCCGUGUGCAUUGUGCCCUGAUCCAGGCGGGCUCAAAUGGUGACCCUGACGAGCGGGCCUCUCUGCUGCAGCGACUCAGCCUCCUGCAGAGGCAGCAAGAGGACGCCAAAGAGCUAAAGGAGCAUGUGGCACGGCGGGAGCGGGCCCUGCGUGAAGUGUUGGUGCGGACGUUGCCUGCAGAGGCGCUGCACGCCUACUGCAGCCUGCUAGCUGACAGGGCUGCUGUCCUGGCCCAGCAGCGCAGCCUGGACGAAAGAGUCCACCUCCUCCAGGAUCAACUGGAUGCCAUCAGGAGUGACCUUGGCCAUCACUCCCUGCCCUCCAAGAUGGCCUGGACUGCAGGGACCUGACCUCCUGACAAAACACCCUUCCCACCUCCCUUCAUCUAG